GUCACCUCCCACCUCGCAGAGACGGAAGCCGGCGGGGUCCGGGCAGGUCCGGGGCUGGCGGAGAGAUGAGCGACUCCAAGGUGAAGGUGGCCGUCCGGAUCCGGCCUAUGAACAGGAGAGAGUUGGACCUUCAUACAAAAUGUGUGGUGGACGUAGAAAAGGACCAAGUCAUUCUUUACCCCAGCAACACCAACCUAUCCAAAGGAGAUGCCAGGAGCCAGCCAAAAGUAUUCGCAUACGAUCAUUGCUUCUGGUCAAUGGAUGAAUCUGUAACAGAAAAAUUUGCAGGACAAGAUGUUGUUUUUCAGUGCCUUGGUGAGAACAUUCUCCAGAAUGCCUUUGAGGGAUACAACGCUUGUAUCUUUGCCUAUGGACAGACUGGCUCAGGAAAGUCCUACACCAUGAUGGGCUCCGCCGACCAGCUUGGACUGAUCCCCCGACUAUGCAGCGCCCUGUUCGAGAGGACGCAGAAGGAGGAGACCGACGAGCUCAGCUUCAAAGUGGAAGUUUCCUACAUGGAAAUAUACAAUGAGAAAGUUCGGGAUCUCCUGGACCCCAAAGGGAGCCGGCAGUCCCUCAAAGUUCGGGAACAUAAGGUCUUGGGCCCAUACGUGGAUGGCCUAUCCAAGCUGGCGGUUGCAUGUUACAAGUAAAUAAAUAGCAGACUGACCAUGCGGCAUCAUUUUGGGUUGGUGUUUUGUUUUCGCACGGUAGCAGCAACCAACAUGAAUGAGGAGAGCAGCAGGUCACACGGCGUGUUCAAUAUCAUCCUCACACACACCAUCACUGAUGUCCAGUCCGGGACCUCAGGUGAGAAAGUCAGUAAGCUGAGUCUGGUGGAUUUAGCUGGAAGCGAGAGAGCCACAAAGACGGGCGCCGCCGGGGAGCGUCUGAAAGAAGGGAGCAAUAUUAACAAAUCGCUCACCACCCUGGGCCUGGUCAUCUCUGCCUUGGCAGACCAAGGAGCUGGGAAGAAUAAAAAUAAGUUUGUUCCGUAUCGGGACUCUGUGCUGACAUGGCUGCUGAAAGACAGUUUGGGCGGAAACAGCAAAACUGCGAUGGUGGCCACAGUCAGCCCUGCUGCUGAUAACUACGACGAGACACUUUCCACUCUACGGUACGCCGACAGGGCCAAGAACAUAGUCAACCACGCCGUGGUGAACGAGGACCCCAACGCCCGAAUCAUUCGAGAGCUGCGGGAAGAGGUGGAGAAGCUGCGAGAUCAACUGACGCAGGCUGAGUCAAUGAAAGCACCUGAACUGAAAGAACGGUUACAGGAGUCGGAGAUGCUCAUCCAGGAAAUGACAGUGACGUGGGAGGAGAAGCUGCGCAAGACGGAAGAAAUCGCUCAGGAGCGUCAGAAGCAGCUGGAAAGUCUCGGCAUAUCACUCCAGUCCUCAGGGAUCAAAGUCGGAGACAACAAGUGCUUCUUAGUCAAUUUAAAUGCGGACCCGGCCCUCAACGAGCUUCUGGUCUACUACCUUAAGGAUCACACGCUGGUCGGGUCCCACGACUCACAGGACAUCCAGCUGUGUGGGAUGGGGAUCCUCCCCGAGCAUUGCGUCAUAGACAUCACCCCGGAGGGCCAAGUUAUGCUGACUUCAAUGAAGAACACCAGGACUCUGGUCAAUGGGUCGGCCAUCACUAACUCCACACAGCUCCAACACGGCGACCGGAUACUGUGGGGGAACAAUCACUUUUUCAGGAUCAGUUUACCAAAGAAGAAGAAGUCCGAUCGCGAGGACGAGGAGCGGGACACCAGCAUGAGGAACAGCAGCAGCUUCGAUCAGCUGGACGCAGAUGGAGACAGUUCCAGCGAGGUGUCCAGCGAGGUCAACUUCAACUAUGAGUACGCUCAGAUGGAAGUGAUGAUGAAAGCGCUGGGAAAUAACGACCCCAUGCAGUCCAUUCUGCAGAGCCUGGAGCAGCAGCACGAAGAAGAGAAGCGCUCUGCACUGGAACGCCAGAGGCUGAUGUACGAACACGAGCUGGAGCAGCUGCGCAGGAGGCUGUCCCCGGAGAAACAGCACUAUCGCAGCAUAGACAGGUUCUCUUUUAGCUCUCCCAAUGCUCAGCAGCGCAUCAAACAGUGGACGGAAGAGAGGGAGGUGAUGCUGCAUCACAGUUUGAUCAAACUCCGGGAGCAGAUCGCCAAGGCCAAUCUCUACGUCCAGGAGGCCAAUUACAUUGCGGAUGAGAUGGACAAGAGGACUGAGUACAAAGUCACCCUGCAGAUCCCGGCCUCCAGCCUCAACGCCAACAGAAAGCGUGACGUGGUGCUCAGUGAACCGGCCAUCCAGGUGAGGAGGAAAGGAAAAGGCAAACAGAUCUGGUCCCUGGAGAAGUUGGAGAACCGUCUGGUGGACAUCAGAGACCUGUACCAGGAAUGGAAGGCUUGUGAGGAGGACAAUCCUGUAAGCCGGGCGUACUUCCGGCGCGCAGACCCUUUCUAUGACGAGCAAGAGAACCACAGCCUCAUCGGGGUAGCCAACGUGUUCCUGGAGUCCUUGUUUCAUGAUGUGAAGCUGCAGUACGCCGUCCCCAUCAUCAAUCAGAAGGGAGAGAUCGCAGGCCGUCUACACGUGGAGGUUGUCCGAAUCAGCGGAGACAUUGACGACAGGAUCGGCGGCGGCGAGGAUGGAGCAGACACUUCCACUGACAGUAAACCUCAAGAUCACAAAUUGGUCUGUAUGGUUAAAGUGCUUCAGGCCACAGGUUUGCCUCAGCAUCUCACCAACUUUGUGUUCUGCCACUAUACUUUCUAUGGCCAGCCAGAGCCAAUCAAUGUGGCCCCUGAGGUGGACCCAAGUACAUCCUCCCCCGUCGGCAAGGAGCCACAGUGUAUGGUGGUCUUCGAUCACUGCAAUGAGUUUGCGAUUAACAUCACGGAGGAUUUCUUGGAGUAUCUGGCUGAAGGGGCGUUGGCCAUUGAAGUGUACGGACACAAGCAAAAUGACCCUCGCAAGAAUCCUGCCCUCUGGGAUCUGGGGAUAAUACAGGCCAAAACACGCAGCCUGAGGGACAGGUGGAGUGAAGUCACCCGGAAGGUAGAAUUGUGGGUACAGAUAUUGGAACUGAAUGAGAAUGGAGAUUACGGACCGGUAGAAGUUGUCCCCGCUAAAGACGUACAGACGGGAGGCAUCUAUCAGCUGAAACAGGGUCAGUCACGUCGUCUUCAGGUGGAGGUGCGCUCUGUGCAAGACUCUGGAACCUUACCUCUGAUAGAAGAAUCCAUUUUGUCUGUGUCAGUCGGCUGCGUGAAAAUUGUCCAUGCAAAGUCUGGAAAGUCUCAGGACAUACACCAGGACAGCGGGGAGGAUAUUGACAGCUACCAGGACCGGGAUCUGGACAGACUGAAGAGGAAAUGGUUGAACGCUCUCACCAAGCGCCAGGAGUAUUUGGACCAGCAACUGCAGAAACUCGUCAGCAAGCCAGAUAAGACAGAAGAUGAUGCAGAUCGGGAAGCGCAGCUCUUGGAGAUGAGACUUACUCUGACCGAAGAGAGGAACUCCGUCCUUGUCCCGUCAGCCGGAAGCGGUAUUCCUGGAGCACCGGCAAAUUGGACGCCGGCUGCCGGAAUGGAGACGCAUAUCCCUGUUAUAUUCCUCGAUCUCAAUGCGGAUGAUUUCAGCUCGCAGGAUAAUCUGGAUGAACCAGAGGCGGCCGGAUGGGACGCAACACUCACCAGCGAAGAGGAAGACGAGUUCUUUGAACUGCAGAUAGUCAAAUUCCACGAGAAUGAGGUGAAGGCGGAGGCCUCCUGGGACUGCACCGUCCACAACUGCCCGCAGCUCAGCAAAGGUUCCUCCGCAGACGAGAGAGUUUACCUCAUUGUCAGAGUGACGGUGCAGCUGAGCCACCCCGCCGAGAUGCAGCUGGUCCUACGCAAGCGCAUAUGCGUCAAUGUCUACAGCCGCCAGGGUUUCGCUCAGAAUUUUCUAAGAAGAAUGGCUCACCGGAGCAACAUCACAAGCUGCGGAGUUAUUGUUGAAAUCGUCUCCAAUAUUCCAGAGGACUCUCAAAGCUCAGAAGACCGAGAAGCUCUGGCACGCUUGGCAGCAAAUGCAGAGGAUGCCGGCUCUGCGGAUUCUGAAGCGCACAUGGAGAAGUAUCUGCGGAGUGUCCUGGCUGUAGAGAACAUACUUACCUUGGAUCGGCUGCGUCAGGAGGUGGCAGUGAAGGAGCAGUUAUCAGGGAAAGGAAAGCUGCAUCGGAGGAGUUUAAGUUCACCCAACGUGAACAGACUAUCGGGCAGCCGACAGGACCUGGGAGGAGGUCAUCAAAGCCUGGCCAGUAACAGGGGCCGAUGGGAGAGCCAGCAGGACGUAUCCCAAUCCUCGCCCCAAUCCGGCCACAGGGGCACAUCACCCCGGCGCUCCCAGAAUGUUCCCUCUGAAAACAACCAGUCACAGGAUCAAGGCAACAUGACGUCUACCUACCUGAACCCCGUGAAGUCCUUAGUGCCUCAGAUGCCGAAACUCCUUAAAUCUCUGUUUCCUCAGCGGGACGAGAAGGGCAGACAGGCGGCCGCCGCGCUCGGCCCUCAGCCAGUCCCUCGUAUUGUAGUCCAGUCUGCGAGUAUCGAUGACGCGGCCUUCAAACCAAAAACGGUUGCCCCUGAAGAACGGACAGUAAUCCGACAACCGGUGAUCGCUCGUUCACCAACACAAGAGAAGAAGACCGAGAAGUCAUCUUCAGUGCCUUCACAGCCCAAACUGUGCGAGUCUCCAGUACAGGAUCCCCCGGAGGGGCCCCCAAGUCCCAUCAGUGAAGCUUCCAGUGGGUACUUUUCCCACAGCGUCUCCACCGCCACUCUUUCAGAGGCGUUGAAUACAGGAAGUGAGGCGCCUACAGGUCAGACACUAAGCCCAACAGCUACUGACGUUAGUCCACCCAGUGUACCUUCUGCUCAAAAGCCCUCUGUGAAAGAAACCACGAGCAAAAUCGAUGCCGUCCCAGGCGCGGCUCAUCACAAAGCUGAUGUUGGGCCUCAAGAAGAUAUCCCGGCUGGCCAUACAAAUGUUAAUGACUCGGCAGGUUCUGUCCUUGAGGAUCGCAGCAAGCCAAGUUUGGCGGAUCACGUUCGGAAACACGAGGAGCUUCUUCUGACGAGUUUGGAAGCCCAUCACACUACAGUCAUCUCGACACCGGAAAAGAUCACCGCGAGCACCUUAUCUUCAGAGAUCCGGGGGGACGCACAACCGGCGCCCGUGGCCGAGCACCAUCACCAAACCAAAGGCAUCGCGUCUCCGUUCAGGAUACAGAAAGUAAGGCCGUCGGAGCUGAAAUCUUUCAUGCAGAUGAUCGGGGACGACCUCGGGGAUGCGCCUGGCUCAGAAAAGCCGGCGAGCGCCAGCGGAGAAGACAAAACGGAAGUGACGUCCGAUUCCGAGGAGUGCCAGGAGGUCCCCGAAUGGUUGAAAGAGGGCGAAUAUGUGACUCUUGGGACAAAUAAGACCGGCAUAGUCAGAUACGUUGGCUCUGUGGAUUUUCAAGCGGGGACCUGGGUUGGCGUGGAGCUGGAUUUGCCGGCAGGCAAGAAUGACGGCUCCGUGGGCGGCAAACAGUACUUCAGGUGUAACCCCGGCUACGGCGUCUUGGUGAGGCCCGACAGAGUCAAGAAAGCCACGGGCACGGCGCGCAGAAAAAGCGCCGGGCUACGGCUGCAAGGAACAGCCGCCGCCGAGAUCCGAAAGGGCGCCGGUCUCUCCGGCUCUGCCGGGAACCUCGCCACGCUGACUGCCCUGGCGAAAUCGGACCGAGCCGCGAGCCUGAGGGCCGACGCCCAGAAGAAGGCGGAGAACCGGAAGUCCUGGGCCAAUUAACCAAGCGGUUGCCGCCGUAUUGCAACGCUGCGUCUUUAACCUACCGAAGAGCUUCCGCAAGGUGGUCAUCCCGG